AUGGCGACAAACGUAUCUGCGGCUGCGGCACCCCCAGGCUUUGGUAGUACACAUCGCAAGGACACGUGGUGGGUUGGCCCCCUGCUCACGGCCUUGGGCUUCGGCACGUUCAUCGUUUAUUCGACGUUCCGCGCCUUUUAUAACGCUGAGUACCUGGUCGACCCCGAGACAGGAUUUCCGGGUUCGGCCCAUAUUCUGUCGCCCUUUUACUCGCCGUUAAUCGCGUUGCCCGCGAGUUUGGCCUUCAUCUCGCCGGCGUUUUUGAUUCUAUGGGCCCCCGGCGGAUUCCGCCUCACGUGCUACUACUACCGCAAGGCCUACUAUCGGGCCUUUUUCUGGGAUCCGCCUGCCUGCGCCGUGGGUGAGCCCCGCAAGGACUACAACGGUGAGACGGCACUGCUGAUCUUUCAGAACAUUCACCGCUAUUUCUUGUACCUGGCCCUGAUUUUUGUGUGCAUCCUUUCCUACGACGUGUGGCUCACCUUGUGGUGGCCCAACGAAGACGGCUCGCACUCAUUCGGGAUGAGCAUGGCCACGCUGGUGCUGGCCACCAAUGUCGUGUUCAUCGCGCUGUACACAUUCUCUUGUCACUCGCUGCGGCAUUUGAUCGGCGGCAAGGUCGAUUGCUUCUCCUGUGUGGCCAUGGGACAGACACGCUACGACGCCUGGAAAGGCGUCUCGAAACUGAACAAAAACCAUAUGCUAUGGGCAUGGAUCAGCCUAUUCACUGUGGGGCUGGCUGAUCUGUACGUGUGGCUGGUCGCCUCCCAUACCAUCACCGACAUUCGUGGCGUGGCCGCCGCACUGGCCAAUGCCGAUACCCGCGACAAGUGGGAAGUUCACUUUCGCGACACCAUGAAAGGCGGCAAGUACCUCAACCAAUGGCGAAUGGCCCAACUCCACGCCCAGCAAGCUCCCGAUCGGGUUCGCGAGCUGGAAGAAUGGGGCGCCGUGUUCGAUCGCACCAAGUCGGGCGAUAUGAACCAGCGGAACUUUGGGGGCCACACCUACCCGCGACUGGCCCACGUGGGCGACCGCACCGGGCUGGAAAUGAUUCGCACCCUGCAAGACCGCGGAGUCCAUCAGGGCUUCGACGUCUACAUGGAGUGCACCAUUCGCUGGAUUCUCACUGAUGGCGGCCGCGUGGCUGGCUGCCUAGGAUACCACCGCGAAUCCGGUCGCUUUGUCGUGUUCAACGCGAAAGCCAUCGUGAUGGCCACCGGCGGGAUUGGCCGCUGCUGGGAAAUCACCUCCAACUCGUGGGAAUACACCGGCGACGGACAUGCCAUGGCCCUGUGGGCCGGGGCCGAAUUGAUCGACUCCGAAUUCGUCCAAUUCCACCCCACCGGCAUGGUCUGGCCGCCCAGCGUUCGCGGCACGUUGAUCACCGAAGGGGUUCGUGGCGAAGGCGGCGUGUUGAAGAACAGCGAAGGCGUCCGCUUCAUGUUCGACAACAUCCCCGAGAUGUUCCAAGGCGAAUACGCCGAGACCGAAGAAGAAGCCAACCGUUGGGUCGAGGCGGUCAUCAAGGGAGAGAUCCCCGAUGCUCGUCGCGCUCCCGAGCUGCUCACCCGCGACGUGGUGGCCCGGGCCAUUCGAAAACAAGUUCGUGCCGGCCUGGGCUCCCCGCACGGCGGCGUGUUCCUCGACAUUGCCUCGCGGCGAACGCCCGACGAAAUCAAACGCAAGCUGCCCAGCAUGUACCACCAGUUCAAAGAACUGGCCGACGUGGACAUUACCACCGACCCGAUGGAAGUCGGCCCCACGUGCCACUACACGAUGGGCGGAAUCCGCGUGGAUGCUGAAACCCAGGAAUCCUCACUGCCGGGGCUGUUUGCCGCGGGCGAGUCGGGCGGUGGCAUGCACGGGGCAAACCGCUUGGGCGGCAAUUCGCUUUCCGACUUGCUGGUAUUCGGCAAGCUGGCCGGUGAGUAUGCGGCCCGCGAGGCGCUCGAAAUGUCCUCGAUGCCCACGAUCAACGAAGGUGAGAUCGAAACCCAAACUGCUCGAAUGCUCAAGCCGUUCGAACAGAGCGACGGCGAGAACCCCUACACGGUUCACGAAGCCCUUCGCACCGUGAUGCAAAACUAUGUAGGCAUCGUGCGAACCGAAGAGGAUCUGAAAAUCGCCCUCGAGGAAAUCGGCAAACUGCGCGAACGUGCCGCGAAGGUGAAAGUGGGCGGCAACAUCCAGUUCAACCCGGGAUGGCACUUGGCACUCGAUCUGGACAACAUGCUCGACGUGAGCGAGUGUGUCGCCAAAUCGGCCCUGCUUCGCACCGAAAGCCGGGGCGGCCACACCCGCGAAGACUUCCCCGAGACCGAUGCCGAGUGGGGCACCAAGAACAACAUCGCCAGCAAGACCGAAGCCGGCAUCGAAGUGCGUCAAGUCACCUUGCGAAUCUACCGCGGCGACAACGACCAAGGCGAGAUGAAGGAAUACACCGUGCCCGUGCAAAGCGGCAUGGUUGUGCUCGACGCCGUGCAUCAGGUGCAGGCCAUGCACGCUCCCGAUCUCGCUGUUCGCUGGAACUGCAAAGCCGGCAAGUGCGGCUCUUGCGGAGGCGAAGUGAACGGUAAGCCGAAGCUGAUGUGCAUGGACCGGCUAGACAACUACCCCGACGGCGAACCAAUCGAGGUUCGCCCGAUGAAGUCGUUCCCGGUGAUCAAAGACCUGGCCUGCGAUGUGACCUGGAACUACGAGGUCAACAAGAAGAUCCCUGCAUACAAGCCUCGUCCCGACGGCAAGCGGCAGUUCUCUCAGCAAGAAGCCGACCGCGUGCAGGAGUUCCGCAAGUGCAUCGAGUGCUUCCUCUGUCAGAAUGUGUGCCACGUGCUGCGUGAACACAACAAGCACGAUAAGUUCGGCGGCCCACGCUUCCUGGUUCGCGCCGCGGCCCUGGAGAUGCACCCGCUGGAUGUGGAAGACCGCUCGAAGCUGAUCAAAGACGAAUUGGGGAUCGGCUACUGCAACAUCACCAAGUGUUGCACCGAGGUCUGCCCCGAAAGCAUCACCAUUACCGACAACGCCAUCAUUCCGCUGAAGGAACGCGUGGUCGAUCGGUACUACGACCCCAUCCAAAUGCUACUGCGGGUGAUCAGCCCGAAGAAGAAGUAG